ACAAGCCGCCAGAUCAGUUGUUAAUCUAAUUUAGAGCUGAACAGUGCCACGAAUCAUUAUGUUAGCUUCAAAAAGCCCAUUUAAAGGGUUACUGCUCUGCAGUUUUCUGGCCAUAUUGCAGUGCAUAUCUGGAGAAGUUGGAAAACUGGUCUGCUUCUACGAUGCCAAGAGUUUUGUGCGAGAAGGCCCCGCCCAAAUGUCAUUGGCCGAACUGGAGCCCGCCCUGACUUUCUGCAACUUUUUGGUCUACGGUUAUGCGGGCAUCGAUGCUGAAACCUACAAGAUCAAGAGUUUGGAUCCAACGUUAACCCACGACCGUCAGCACUAUCGUCACAUAACGGAUCUGCGAAAGAAAUAUCCGCAUGUCCGAUUCCUGCUCUCGGUGGGCGGCGAUCAGGACAUGGACAGCGAGGGCGUGGCAGAUAGUGGCAAGUACUUGAGGUUAUUGGAACAGCCAGAGCAUAGGAAAAGUUUCCAGGCGAGUGUGCUGCAGGAACUCAACAGCAAUGGCUUCGAUGGACUCGAUCUCUCGUGGCAGUUCCCAAAAAACAAGCCCAAAGUGCAGCAGGGUGUUUUUAAGCGGGUUUGGGGCUCCUUCCGUGGCUUUUUCAGUUCCACAUCGGUGGAUGAGAAGGCUCAGGAGCAUCGGGAGCAGUUUGCGGCCCUUCUUGGAGAAUUGAAAUCCGAUUUGCGACGUAGUGGCCAGCUGCUGACUGUCAGCAUGCUGCCCCAUGUUUCAGCAGAACUUUUUAUUGAUGUUCCCACUGUACUGGGCCACGUGGACUUCGUCAACCUGGGCACCUAUGACUUUCAGACGCCGGAACGCGAUCCCAAGGUUGCUGAUCUGCCCGCUCCACUAUACGAAAUGUACGACCGGAAUCCCAACCACAAUGUGCAAUACCAGGUGCAGUAUUGGUUGAACCAGACAUCCCAAAUCAGUGCCCACAAGCUGCAUGUUGGAGUGGCCAGUUACGGGCGUGCUUGGAACAUGACCCGGAACUCUGGAAUCACCGGUUAUCCACCAAUUCCGGCGACAAAUGGAGCUGCUCCGGCGGGCAGGCAAACGGUCAUUCCCGGAUUGCUCAGUUGGCCGGAGACGUGUGAGCUGCUGCAACAGCAGCCAAAGGAUCGCGAUGUGCCCCAUCUGAGGAAGGUGGGCGAUCCCACCAAGCGUUUCGGCAUUUACGCUUAUAGGGCGGCGGAUGACAAGGGCGAGAACGGCCUGUGGGUGGGCUACGAGGAUCCCACAACGGCGGCCAUCAAGGCCGAGUUCGUCCAGUCCCGUGGUUUGGGCGGGGUGGCCUUCCACGACCUGUCCCUGGAUGACUUUCGUGGUCAAUGUGCCGGCGAAAAGUUUCCCAUCAUGCGGAGCAUUAAAUUUAAGCUAUAGGUCUGCUGUUCACAUCUAAUAGAAAUAAAACAAUUAUACAAA